UAUUGACUGACCUUUCAUGCCCCACUCCCACACGCACACUCACACACGCACACUCACACGCACACUCACACGCACUCUCGCACUCACUCGCACACUCACACCCAACACGACCAGGUGGACUUGUGGUGGUUGCUUUUUGAUCGUGCAUACCUCUUUGCUGGCUGGCUGGCUGCGCCUUGCAGCAGUGCUUGUGCAGAUUGUUGUUGUUGUUGUUGUUGCUCGUGCUCGUCGUAUGCGUCAGACAAACCAUCCGCCAACCGAACUCCUCCUCCUUUUGUGUGGGUUUUGUUUGUUGGUGGGUGGUGGAAAAGGCACACAACGAACGCACACAAACACACACACACACACAAACACACACACAAAACCCACACACAAGCAAGGGGCAACGCAAGCAACAAUCAAAGUGAUUUGAUGCAAUGUUAAUGAAGAGAUGCAACCAUGAGGCGACAGCACAAACAGUGAUGUUGUCAAAUUUGACAGCAGCCCACAUCGAAUGUGACGUUUCCCACGA